AUGGCGCUCCGCGGGUCGUCCGCCGUGCGCAUCCUGCGCCAGCGCCUCGCGCGGCCUGCCGGCGAGGCAGCGGUCGCCGCCCUGCGGGGGCCCGACGACGUGCACGGCACCACCGCGUGCCGCGAGUACACGCGCAGCAGCGCCGCGAUGCAGGUCCUCGACGUCACGUUCAGCCCGCAGCAGGCCACGCUCGGCAUGCAGGUCGCCAGGGCGCUCCAGCGCAACCCCGACGAGGCGGCGUCCGCCGUGGCUGCCUCGCUCACCCCGCGGCAGCGCCGGGCGCUGAUAGCCGCGCUCCGGCAGUCCACGAUCGCGGACGCCGUGUACGGCUCGUCGUCGUACGUCGACUACCUCUUCGACAGCAGCGACGGCGACGCCACCCCGGCGUCCAAAGACGGCGCGUUGAACAAGGAGGAGUUUGCGAGGGCGCUGAGGAUGCACCAGGAGCUCGUGGGGGCGGCGGAGAGCCAGCAGACCGCGACGCAGGCGACCAUGGCGCCACCGCCGGGCACGGAGGCCACGCCGUCCUUGGGGAGCCUGACGACGUACGCCGUGGCGCGGGGCAUGCCGUUCGUGGGCUUCGGCCUCAUGGACAACUUCUUGAUGAUCGUCGCGGGCGAGGCCAUCGACCUGUCCCUGGGGGCGGCGCUGGGGCUCUCCACGAUGGCUGCCGCGGGGCUGGGCAACCUCGUCUCGGACGUGGCAGGGCUCGGGUUCGCGGACACGAUGGAGGAGCUGAUCCGGAAGGCGGGGUUCAUCACGGCACCGCCGCUGACGCGCACGCAGCGCCAGAUGCCGCGCACGCGGGUGGCGAAGCUGCUGGGCACGAGCGGCGGGAUCUCGAUCGGCUGCCUGCUGGGGAUGUUCCCGCUGCUGUUCAUGCCGGGCGCGAGCUAA